AUGGUGGUGGCCUGCUACGAGAAGCCCUGGCUGCGGCGCGGCAGCAAGUGGCUGCUCAUCGUCGCCUGUGCCGCGCUUGUGGGUAUGGUGCUCUUCGCCCUCAUCAGCUCCCUAGCAGACGGCCCCGCGCCAGACCAUGGCGUCACCGUCCCCUUGUGGGCGCGCUGGGAGGUCGUCUGCCUGGGCGUGGGCGGCGGCCUCGACCAAAGCGACCUUCCCGGCGGCUUCCUCCUACGCGCCAUCGGCACGCCCUCCAUUUUCUUUCAUCCUGAGAGCGGAGGCGGCGCCUCGUCGGUCACUUACGUCUCGCUCGACGCGGGGACGGCGCUGUUCGGCCUCCAGCGUGCGCUGCAGUCGAGCAGGGCGCCGCGGCGUGCCAGCCCCUCGGCCGGUCCCAAGCUCACCGCCGCAGGCGCCGUCUACCGCGACAGCGUCCAAAGCUAUCUGAUCUCCCACGGGCACUUGGACCACACGGCGGGCCUGGUGGUCGGCUCGCCCGAUGACGCCUACACCACGCCCAGGAAGGUGGUCGCUGGCACCAACUACACCAUCGACACCCUCCAAAACCACGUGUUCAACUGGAAGGUGUGGCCCAACAUGGGCAGCGGCGGCGAUGCGCCCAUAGGGCUCUACAACCUGGUCACCCUGCCCGUGGGCCAGGAGAGCAACCUGACCGCGCCUCCGCUCGGCGUACGUCCGUUUCUGCUGAGCCACGGCAAGAUGGGCGAUGGCUCCACUUACUUCUCCACCGCCUUUCUCCUGCGGGUGUGGAUACAUGUGGCGCCGAUUGUGGCUGCCGGGAGGCUGAAAGCGCUCUUCCUGGAGUGUUCCUAUGGAGACGACCGCGCCAGCGACAAGCUCUAUGGCCACCUCAACCCGCAGCUGUUCAUGCAGGAGCUCGGGGUCCUGGCCCGCCUCGUCGAGGCCCAGCCGGGAGCGCGACCAGGCGGGCUGUUGAAGGGGCUCAAGGUGGUGGUGACGCACAUCAAGGCCGACGACCUGAUCUAUCGCAAGCCCGUUCCCGCCGUCGCCACCAUCCAAAGGGAGUUGGAGGCCCGAAACACACUCGAGGUCCACCUCCUCUUUCCGCGACAAGGCGACUGGCUCUACUUCUGA